AAGCAGGUUUCCUAGACUUUGAGGAACCAUAAAUCGUAGUAUCAAUAUUCUUUGUUUGGAACUCGGCAACACACCUCAGAAACAGAAAAGUGGGAGGGCACAUGUAAUACGAGGUCCGAGACAAGACAGGGCAGGCUACGUACGAACAUUCGCUUGGUGAAGGAUCGACCGCUGUUUCUCAGCUUACGAAGACUUGCUUUCCUUCUUCUCCUCUCAUCAACAACAAACAGAAAAGACAUGAGACGGCCAUGUACGGAUCGUACCUCCCCUUCCCCCUCAUCUCUCUCUUCGUCACGAUCACGAAUGCUCAGUAUCCUCCGGUCUUUUCAAACUUAACCACAAUCACCAGCCCCGUCGACGGCAACAUCUCCAUCAGCUAUAAAACUCCAACGGGAGCCUGCCAAACUGCAUUCUCGACACAAGAACAAUAUACAGGAUGGGUUCACAUACCCGGGAAUUACUCGACAAAUACCUUCUUCUGGUUCAUUGGCGCGCGCGAUGCAACUGAUCAAUUGACAAUAUGGCUUAACGGUGGACCAGGCUCUAGCUCCAUGAUCGGCCUCUUCACUGAGAAUGGACCCUGUGAAGUCAUUGAGGAAGGGAUCGGGAAGCUGGGCACACAAGUGAGAGAUUGGGGAUGGGAUCGAGGGUCGAAUAUGCUCUACAUCGAUCAGCCCAAUCAAGUAGGGUUUUCUUACGAUACUCCAACCAAUGGCUCUCUCGACCUCCUUACCUCUGAUCUCUACACUCCUCCUCAAGUACUGCCGAGCGGCCAACCUGCGACCACCUUCAUGAAUGGCACCUUCAGCUCUUUGAAUGUCAACAAUACCGCAAACACCACGGAGAUUGCUGGAAUGGCAAUAUGGCAUAUGCUUCAAGGAUUUCUAGGAGCAUUCCCUCAAUACGCACCCAAUAGCACAUCCAUGGGUGUUCAUUUGUUUGCCGAAAGUUAUGGGGGGAAGUACGGCCCUGCUUUUGCUAGUAUUUGGGAAGCGCAGAACAAAAGACGCUCUAAUGGAACAAUAUCCAAGACUGGGACUUUUGAGAUCAAGCUAGCCUCUCUGGGUAUUGUGAAUGGUUGUGUCGACGACCUAAUUCAGGCUCCAUUCUAUCCAACAAUGGCAGUCAACAAUACAUAUGGCCUGCAAGCCAUUAAUCCGACCCGAGCUCAGCUUGCAACAGGAAGCUUUUAUGCCAAAGGUGGCUGUCAAGAUCUCAUUACUCAAUGCCGGACAGCAGUCAAUUCUCAAGAUCCGAACAAUGACGGCGACGUUUCUGUGGUCAAUAGCAUAUGUUCGGAUGCAUACAACAACUGUGUCAACAAUGUUAUGGAGCCAUACUAUGACGCCGGGAGGAGCGUGUACGACAUAGCUCACUUUUUGCCUGACCCGUUCCCAUCCAGCACAUAUCUGGAAUAUCUGAAUACUGCCAGCGUAUUGGAGGCAAUUGGAUCACCUGUCAACUUCACACAAACUGACAUGCAAGUCGUCAGUGCUUUCACAUCGACGGGUGAUUACGAGCGUCAAGCCCUUGUGCCCAAUAUUGCUGCUCUGCUAAAUCAAGGCAUCCGUGUUGGGUUCAUGUAUGGUGAUCGAGACUACAUCUGUAACUGGCUCGGUGGGGAGGCCAUCUCAUUAGCUGUUGCUGCUCAGACCUCACCGUCAUAUGCUUCGAUAUUUCCAAAUUCUGGCUACGCUCCUAUCAUUGUCAACACGACCUAUAUUGGUGGUGUCGUUCGUCAAUAUGGCAAUCUAUCCUUCAGCAGGAUCUACGACGCGGGGCACAGCGUGCCCGCAUACCAGCCAGAAACAGCCUUCCAAGUCUUCGCUAGAAUCAUGACUGGCACCUCAAUUUCGACAGGCGAAGUCAUCGACGCCUCUUCUUAUAAUACCUCGGGUUCCUUGAAUGCCACUCAAACAAACAGUCUUCCUGCUUCGCCCUCGGCAACAUGCUGGUUGCGGAAUAUCCCAGAUACCUGCAACGGCGAUCAGAAGAACAUGAUUGUCAACAACGAAGGAGUUAUAAUCAAUGGCAUUCUCUAUGAUGCCUCUUCUGACUGGACAUCUCCCGGUACCUCAGCAACACCUACCGCAAUUGUAUCUGUCAAUUCUGGAGGAGUAACAGUGACGACGACCACCGAGAUCCUGACAGGUUUCUUUACCGCUACGGCCACUCCGAGUACAACGAAAAAGUCGUUCGGAGUCUCUUCGUGCCAACUCAAUCCGUUGGGUCUCACUCUACCACUUAUCGGCGCUCUGGUGUCUGUGCUCAUCUAAGCAUGAGCAAUUUCGUACACAAAAGUCUUAUUUCAUCGGCAUACAUUCAAAGUGAGGCGCAAGAUGGCGUCUUGUAUACUGCCAGCACAAAAACAUAUCAUAUAAAAGGGGGAAAUUUGGGAGUUGUAAUGAAGGAUGGAUAAUGUCUCGGGCUACCCGUUUUACUGCACUAUACCCUGCCAG